CGGGCGGUGUGUACACAACACACACGGGCACACGGUUAUAGGGACGAUGGUGGCACCUGGCCUGGGUGCAGUGUGUGCUCUGCUGCUGUGGGUCAGAGCCCCGGGGAGAGGGGUGACUGCCAGCGGGGGAGGCGGCGAGGGCCCUCUGCACCGGACACUGCUCAGCCCAGACAUAGGCAGGCAUGCCGGGCCCGGGGGCUGCAGUCACAGGGACCCGGAGUCUGACUCCGCCUGGGACCUGGAGGAGUGCGAUUCAGCAUUUUUUACCUUCCGCGAAAUGGACUGUGAGCCAAGAGGAUCCCCAGCUUGUGAAUCCAUUAUUUCACGGAACACAGAAAAAAUCCUGAGCCAAGCUAAGAGUCUAGCCGAGCAGAAGAGAUUGCCAUUUGUCACAGACGAUCAAGAUACAAAUGAGGAACUUGCUAUAGGAUAUGUAUUAGUAGGCAGUGGUCUGCACGAUGAAGCUGUAAAGCAUUUCUCCUCGAUGCUUCAGGAGAACGCAGAUCUUGUAAGUGCAAUAUAUGGCAGAGGAAUAGCUUAUGGUAAAAAAGGCCUUCAGGAUAUAAAAAAUGCCGAAUUGGCAUUAUUUGAACUGAGCCGUGUCAUCAGCUUGGAACCUGAUCACCCAGAAGUAUUUGAGCAGAGAGCAGAAAUUUUGUCUCCACUGGGUCGGAUUAGUGAAGCACUUAGUGACCUCACUAGAGCUAUUCAGUUACAGCCAUCAGCACGGCUCUAUAGGCACCGUGGCACCCUAUACUUUAUAUCUGAGGACUACGUAGCAGCACAUGAGGAUUUUCAACAGUCCCUGGAACUAAACCAGAACCAGCCGAUAGCGGUUUUAUACAAAGGUCUGACAUUCUUCCACAGAGGCCUGCUGAAGGAAGCUAUUGAAACCUUUAAGGAAGCCUUGAAGCAGAAAUCAAAUUUUAUUGAAGCUUAUAAAAGCCUUGGUCAGGCCUACAGAGAGCUUGGUAAUUUUGAAGCCGCCAUGGAGAACUUCCAGAAAGCACUGAUGCUGAAUCAGAAUCAUGUGCAGACACUUCAGUUGAGGGGGAUAAUGCUUUACCACCAUGGCAGCCUGCAGGAGGCACUGACCAACUUCAAGAGAUGUCUUCAGCUGGAGCCAUAUAAUGAAGUGUGCCAGUACAUGAAAGGACUCAGCCACGUCUCUAUGGGCCACUUUUAUGAAGGGAUUAAAGCUCAGACUAAAGUUAUGUUAAAUGAUCCAAUGCCUGGUCAGAAAGCAAGCCAGGAAUAUCUGAAGGUGAAAUACCUAAGAGAGUACUCCCGCUACUUGCACUCCCAUCUUGAUACUCCAGUCACAGAAUAUAAUAUUGAUGCUGAUCUGCCGGGAAAUUUUAAGGAUCAUUGGGCAAAAAAUCUUCCCUUUCUGAUAGAAGAUUAUGAAGAGCAGCCGGGACUACAACCUCACAUAAAGGAUGUUUUGCCACAGAAUUUUGAAAGCUACAAACCGGAAAUUCACGAACUUAUUUGUGUAGCAGAUCGUUUAGGAACUUUAAUGCAGUAUGAAACGUCUGGAUUUCUACCGAACAAAAGAAUCCACAGAGCUAUGGGGCUGGCAGCUCUUGAAGUCAUGCAAGCUGUCCAGAAGACAUGGAUGAACUCUAAAGUGCGAAUUAAUGGGAAAACCAGGCUGAUGCAGUGGAGAGAUAUGUUCGACAUUGCGGUUAAAUGGAGGAGGAUUGCUGACCCUGACCAGCCAGUUCUUUGGUUAGAUCGAAUGCCAGCUCAGAGUCUUAUUAGAGGAUUCAACAACCACAUCAAUCUCAUCCGAGGUCAGAUCAUCAACAUGCGAUAUCUUGAAUAUUUUGAGAAGAUUCUCAGUUUUAUAAAGGAUCGGAUAAUAAUAUAUCACAGUGCCAAUAACCCCAGAGGUCUCUCAGAAGUUAAAGAAGCUUUAGAAAAAGUCCAUAAAGUAGAAGACCUCUUACCUAUAAUGAAGCAGUUAAACAGCAAAACAAGAGAUGGGUUCACAGUGAACACAAAAGUCCCCAGCCUCAAAGAUCAAGGGAAAGAAUAUGAUGGAUUCACAAUAACUAUAACAGGAGAUAAAAUUGGAAAUAUAUUGUUUUCAGUGGAGACGCAGACAACAGAAGAAAGAACACAACUGUACCAUGCCGAGAUUGAGUCUCUUUAUAAGGAUCUUACCGCCAAAGGAAAGGUGUUGGUGCUUUCUACAGAACUAGGAGAGGCAGAUGCUGUAUGUGAACUGAUUCUGUCAUUGGUGUAUUAUUUCUACAAUUUAAUGCCGCUCUCCAGGGGAUCCAGUGUGGUUGCCUAUUCUGUGAUCAUGGGGGCUUUGAUGGCCAGUGGAAAAGAGGUUUCAGGGAAGAUUCCUAAAGCAAAGCUGGUGGAUUUUGAAGCUAUGACUGCACUAGGAUCAGAAGCAUUCAGCAAAACUUCCAAAAGCUGGAUGAAUCUAAGAAGCUUGCCCGCUUCAUACAAGAGCCUUCCAUCUGUAUCGGAAUCAUUUCCUACACUGAGAGCAAUGAUCGAAGUCCUGAACACUGACUCUUCCUUUCGCUGCAUCAAGAAAUCAUGACGGGUUCUAGAUUUAUACUGAAUGGGACCUUUUGCCUAUUUAAAUUAUAUUUUUUGUUUUUAUUAUUUCCUGAAAAAAAGUGCAAUUGUGAACAAACUAGGUUCUUUACCACUUUGGGUAUUUGUUUUUUUUACAUUUUCAUUAAAACUUGAACUGAUAUUAUGACAUGGAGCAAUUAAGAGACCAAACCAAAAUGUUCAUAAUGUGAAAUCAAAAAAGCUACUGGCCCUCAUAUUACUGGUCAGAAUUCUGUUUUGCAUUGAUGAUUGCCUGUGAUUUUUAUUUCUGUGUCUGGCUUUCACUUUUUUUUUAAUGGGGUUGUCCAGUAUUCCAAGUGAUGGCCUAUUCUUAGGAUUGGGAGUCCAGAACUGCACCUCCGCCAAUCAGCUGUUCUGCAGCAGCUUCAGCUCGGAACUAGACGGCUCCGUUCACUGUGCAGUGGAUGCAGCUUGUAACUGCGGCACUGCGGUCAUUGAUAUGAAUGGGAGAAGCGCUGCCGUUACCAGCCCCAUGCAGUACACAGUGGAGAGCUGUGCGAUUCCAGCGCCGGAGCUCCUGCAGAACAACUGAUCGGCUGGGGUUUGGGAUGUUGGACCCCCACUGAUCAGAUAGUGAAGGCCUAUCCGGAGACUAGGCCAUCACUUGUAGAAUCCUGAUACAACCCCUAUAAUUAUAAAUGUGUUUGUAGGUUACACCAAGCAAAUCAUUUGUGUUUAGAGAGCUGGUAGGAAUAUUAAAAGGGUUGUCCGGUUUCGGAUAUUGAUGAGCUAUCCUCAGGAUCGGGAGGGGGCAGGAGUCGGAACCCUUUCAAUAUGAUAUUAAUGACCUAUCCUGCGAAAAAAGGUCAUCAGUGUUAGAAACCGGACAACCCCUUUAAUUUGUAAAGGGGUUUUAAAGGGGUUUUAGAAAUAAAAAUGAUUGGUGAUCAAUAGAAUCGCCCUAGACACGUUCUCUGAAAUGCACCGAGCAGGCACUGGCCAGGGAACUGCUACAAAACCCCAUUGAACUUAAAGGGGUUGUCUCAUCAUAGACAAUGGGGGAAUAUCACUAGGAUAUGCCCCCAU